CAAACUACCAAAGGUUGGUAACAGAAACCACCCACAGAUUUUGUACAUUACUUGAGUUCGUGUCACUUGUAUUAAUAUGCUUUGCUAAGGCAUACCGAGUUGCCAACAAAAGCUUCACUUCCUUAACCACCAACUAACCAAUCUUUCCUUCCCUCUUCUCCUCAUCUCUGCUUCUGCAAAAAAUGAAAGCCUCUAUUGCUUCACCACCCAUCAUUCUUCUUUACAUUCUUCUCCUUUCUACUUCCCUAUCAGUAUUCCAAUGUUCUGAUCUCGUCAACCAAAUAUGCAAGAAAACACCCUUUUAUGACCUCUGUCUCUCGUCUCUAAACCCUCAAAAUCCCAUCACAGAUGUCAAAGCUCUGGCCUCUACAAUGACUAAUCUUGUUCUGUCCAAUGCAACUGAUACGUUGAGCUAUAUUCAAGAGCUAAUCAAGCAAGGAGCAGACCCGCAGCUCCAGAAACCUUUGGCCGAUUGCGCUGAAUUGUAUAUUCCAGUUGUUAAGUACAAUCUUCCUCAAGCUAUCAACGCUUUGAUGAGAGGUCGGUUUGGAUUCACCAGCUACUUAUUAUCUGAUGCUGGCAAACAAGCUCAGGACUGUGAAAAGAACUUCUCUGGCUCAAGUCAGUCCCCGUUAACUGAAAAGAACAAGCUUUUGAGCAAUCUCUGUGAUGUUGCUGUGGCCAUUCUCAAGUUAUUGCAGAAGGGCUGAUUAAAUGUAGUUUGCAGGAUUUUAUAGGUAAUUAAUUAAACUACACCGUCUUAAUGUCUCUGCCUAAGAUAUUGUGCUUGGAGCAGUAGUUUCAAACGUAGGAUUAGCAAUUUAGUAUCUUUAAUCUGUAUCAUCUUCUUAAGUAAGCCUAUUCUCGUAAUUGGAUCCCAGAAGUGGAUUCUUACCAUUAAGGGUGUUUUAUCUGAAUUUUACUGCAGAAUUUGCUGCUUUUUA